UUUGUGCUGAAGCCGCGCGCGCAGCCGGUCUGUAAGUAUAGACUGCAUAAAAUAGGUGUAACGAGCUAGGCAGCCCGCGAGCAACAGCCCGGCAGAGGGAAACAUCACGUGGUGACAUAUCUCCACGACUGACGUCAUCGUCCCCAUCUCCAAGCAACCCCUCCAUCAGCACUCGCGUCACCGUGAGCCAGAGCCGCGUCGUUGCCCGGCAACCCGUGCCUUGCGCUCGGGUCCGGCCUUGCCUUGCACCCAGCUCGGAGCUCUGACGCGGGUGUGACGUUAAUAAGGUGGGUAUCAAUUUGUUAUGGUGGCGGAGGGAGGAGGAGGAGGAGAAGGAGGAGUUCCCCCCUGUGAGUGCCGAAGCCCUGUGCUCUGCAUUCCGGCGGAGCGCACAGGCACACACCGGCCGCAGCACAGUCCCGGGCCGAAAGACUUGUUGUAUGAACUCAGAGUAAGGACGGGAGAAAAAAAGUUGCUCCGCUCGUGUAGUUUUUUUAUUACAGUGUUUCCUCUUUGCUGUGUUGUUGAGACGUCGCUCUGGUUGUGGAAUGGUUUACGUUUCUUCUGAAAGCUGCCUGAACUGUGAGAGAAAGUGGUUUAUGUCCGCUCUUUAAGGUACUAGCCUUAAACUAUCACAACGCUGUAGCUCCAGACCACCAUGGUGAUCAUGACAGAGAACAGCCAGGGGGCUCAGUCCAGCCCUCCCCAGGGAAGGCCCCUGCAGGUCGGCUUCUACGAGAUCAUCCGCACGCUGGGGAAGGGAAACUUUGCAGUGGUGAAACUGGCCAAACAUAAAGUCACCAAAACACAGGUGGCCAUUAAGAUCAUUGACAAGACCAGACUGAACCCCUCCAACCUGGAGAAAAUUUACAGAGAGGUGCAGAUUAUGAAGCUGCUAAAUCACCCCCAUAUCAUCAAACUCUACCAGGUCAUGGAGACCAAAGACAUGCUGUACAUUGUGACAGAGUACGCAAAGAACGGAGAAAUGUUUGACCACCUGACCUCAAAUGGCCGUAUGAGUGAAGAUGAGGCACGAACAAAGUUUUGGCAGAUUCUUACAGCCGUGGACUACUGCCAUCGACACCACAUCGUUCACCGUGACCUAAAAACCGAGAACCUGUUGCUGGAUGCUAAUAUGAAUAUCAAACUGGCUGACUUUGGAUUUGGAAACUUCUACAAUGCAGGGGAGCCUCUGUCGACAUGGUGUGGCAGCCCGCCUUAUGCUGCCCCUGAAGUGUUUGAAGGGAAAGAGUAUGAGGGGCCUCAGCUGGACAUUUGGAGCCUUGGUGUGGUGCUUUAUGUUCUUGUCUGCGGCUCUCUUCCAUUUGAUGGACCCAGCCUUCCUGCACUCAGACAGAGAGUCACAGAGGGACGGUUCAGAAUCCCUUUCUUCAUGUCCCAAGACUGUGAAAACCUUAUCCGCAAGAUGCUGGUAGUUGACCCAGCCAGGAGGAUCAGCGUGGCCCAGAUCAAGCAGCACCGCUGGAUGCUGGCAGACCCAACAGCUGCCCACCAGACCCUUAGCCAUUCCCUGACAGAGUACAACUCAAACCUGGGGGACUACAGUGAACCUGUGCUGGGCAUCAUGAACACACUGGGCAUCGACCGCCAAAGGACUAUCGAGUCUCUGCAGAGCAGCAGCUACAAUCACUUCUCUGCUAUCUACUACCUGCUGCUGGAAAGAGUGAGAGAGCAUCGCGCUCAGCAGCUGAGCCGCCAGUGUGGAACUUGGAGUCAGAGACCCAGGAGCACCUCCGACUCCUCCGGCCCAGAGGUGAUCAUGGAGUCCACCGACAGCUUUAGAACCACAUCAUUUUCAAUUGCAGCCAAAAGCACUCCUCCAGUGUACUCGGAGAAGGAGUAUGAUCAAGGUGGAUUGUUCCAGCGGGUGGUGUUUCCAGUGGAGGCCAGCCUGAACAGACUGCUGUGGAACCGCUCCAUUUCACCCAACAGCCUGCUGGAGACGAGCAUCAGCGAAGAGGUGCGACCCAGGGACCUGGAGGAGGAGGAGGCAACACAAACUCUCGGACCCCUGCUCCCUCCCACCACCACUUCCCGCAGACACACGCUGGCUGAGGUUUCAGCCCGUUUCCACCAGUGCAACCCUCCAUGUAUUGUGGUCAGUCCCUCAGAUGGUGCCUCUUCUGACAGCUGUCUGAAGUCCUCCUCCAGUCCAGCCCCCACUUUGCAGGCUGCUAUGGGUGAGAUGUCAACACUUCUGGCCUCUGGGGCUGAAGGUAGAGUUCUGCUGCCUACUGGAGCUCCCCUGGCCCUCUCCUCCCACCUCCUGCCCCAGGCCCAGGCCAGCCUGCCUGCUGCCAGCUUCCAGGAGGGUCGCAGAGCCUCUGACACCUCCCUCACACAAGGCCUCAAAGCUUUCCGCCAGCAGCUGAGGAAAAACACACGCACUAAAGGGCUCUUGGGAUUAAACAAGAUCAAGGGUCUGACGAGGCAGGUUGUUCCUCCACCCUCCUGUAACCGCGGCAGCCGUGGAUCACUGGGUCCAGCCCUCUCUGAGCACCGCAUCAUGCUGGAGGAGGUGCUGCACCAGCAAAGGAUGCUACAGAUCCAGCACCAACCCCAGCCUCAGGUCCAAACCGCUCAGACAGGACCUACCCAGAAUCCCCUGCUUUUUCUGACCCAGCAACAGUCACCCUCUCCUCCACCUACUACCGUGUUUGCUUCCUCCUCCAUUUUUGACACCUCCACCCCUUCCGCCCUGCCUCCUCAGCAAGCUUCAGUGGGUCUACAGCACGGCCCCUGGCAACAAACCCUCAAGACUUCCUCCUCCAGCUGCUCCUCAUCCUCCUCAUCCUGCUACUCCUCUUCUCUGUCCCCUGUGGCCUCCGCUGCUUACCUUCUUGAGGCUCGUCUGCACAUCAGCCAGCAAACCCACCCUCACCCCCACACCGGCCUCCAACAGCAGCCCCAGUCUGCAACGCAGGGCACCUUCACCAUUAUGUCCAAACCAGCGAUGUGGAACAUGGGCUCGGCCUCCAGCACAGAUCCCGACAUGCAGGAGUUGGGUCUGGCUGCACAGCAGCAGCUCAGUAGCUGUGUGAUGGUGAAGUAAAACAUCAGCCAUCAUGACCAGCAAUUGUUUCCUCUGUCAAAGACACUCGCAGUAAAAUCCUUGAUUUAGUGCCGAGAAGAAAAGAAAGCAGAAGUGGGGAAAAAGAACAAAAACCAGAUGCAAGCAACACAUUUACACUUUAUUUAACAACAUGUGGUACACAUGUGAGAAUGUGUCCACACACGUGUGUAUGUUGUGUAUGCUUUUAAUAUCAUAUAAGCUAAAGACUAAGCAAUAACCAAACUCUGGACAAGGUGUUAAACCUGUAUCAGACAGCCAGAGAAGCAAUAAUAGACUGAAAGACUCUCGUCCAGCUCCCUGAUGGACUCACUUGAAUAAAAUGAGAGCUGAACUUAGCCGAUACAAUUAUGUCUCAUAUGUUUUGAUGCUGUUUAAGUUAACUAUAUGAUUUUUUUGAAUACAGGAAGGCUCCCUCUUCCUCAUUCUUUUUUAGUCACUUUUUGUGUCAUUUCCUCGAUGUUUUUCACUUGACUGGACAGAAGACCAAAAUUCUUUCUUUUUUUUCUCAAUUUUUCCUACGUUGUUCGCCUUUCUAAAGAGACAUUUCUCUGUAGCAGUGCAAUGAACAUGCAGUAUAGUGCCCUAAGCUUACAAACGUUCACUGAAGGAGUUCAUUUUGAUUUCUAUUGAAACUGUGAUUUUUUUUUCUGUGCUACGCAAAUGCUGCUUUUACCUCAAACUGCAAAAAGACUUUUACUUUCUCAUCAGCCAGAACUGAAGGAAAGAUAGUGUCUCGCUUAUUGAGUAAAGCACAAAAGGUAUAUCAGUCAGCUUGGUAGCACCUUACAUAUGUGGAUACAUCGAUCCAUAUUCCCGUAAGCACCUUCUUGUUAGAUGCUUGGACUACCUCCUCAGGCAAGAAUUUGGAAACAGACAAACAUCAAUCCCGGAAUAUCAGAGGAAUGACAGAAGAAUAAAGACCGUUGGAACAGUGCAAUAUUUCACAUUGAAAUACAAAGAUGAGGCUCUACAUAGGAUGAUCAAAAUGUAAAUGCAGAUUUGCCUGAGGUUUUUUUGUUAUUACCUUUAAUUUUUCAGUUUGCUGUGCUAGCUAGCUGACUAGAACAGGUACUAGUUAUGUAACAUAAUAACAUUAUACUGUAGACAUUGAGAGGAGAAACUCAAGGCAUUUCAAAAUGCUGUUUCCUCACACAGCAUGCUUGUAGUUCUUUAAUUGAAAGGAAGAAUUUGGGUUUUACCAAAGAGUGAAGAGCACAAGAGAUGGGUGAUCUAUCACAGACACACUACUGACUUUUCACUUUGAAUGCUGUCUCAAAAUGUAGCACGGUGGUUAGUUAGCAUUUUCACAUGAUCUCCUUUGCUUUUGCUGUGAGAAACCUCUCGCUGCCACCAAAUCCUAAUGCUACACGUGUUGUUGAUAUCUCUAGCUUACUGUCAGGACCAUGGUGGUAUUCAUUUUUGUACUUUUCUAGAAAAGAAGAAGAAGAAAAAGGAAAAAAAUCAGAACAUAGCAACACCAUGUUGUAUGUUGAUGUUGAACUUUCUUCAGUUGUCCAUAAGUGGCUAGAACAAGCUGAUUUAUUUGUGCAGUCAGUUCAGAUGAUGUAUUAGAAAACUGCAAGAGAUGUAAUAUUGUAAGCUUAGUUAGUUCUCUCAUAUCUGUGAAACAUCUUGUAGAAGAGCAGUGUUUUUCCAAACCCAGUUCUAUGUUGGAAACAUGCAGUGUUGCUAUUUCUAUCCAACUAUUUUUGGCUGAUUGCACUCACUACCAACACUUGUGCCUUUAUGUGAUCAAACCCACGAUUAGAGGUCUUCAUCUCUGAUCGCUACACUGAAGAAAGAAAGAUGAAUGGCUCUGUUACUGGCCAUUCAGUCAGAAGGCCCUUUUGAUAUCUUCUCUGACCUCUCACUCUUCUCUGAAUCUGACCUUUGAACUUGCCGUGUAAACAGGAGCAAGAAUUGCACUUUAUUCAUAUUUCUUAUUACUGAUUUUUUUUUCUCAUGAUGAAAAAAAAUCAAAAAACUAUUGAAACACUAAGAGUCUUGAUGCAAAUCUGUAAGAUGACAAUUUUUGAUAAACUUUGGAUAAGAAGUA